AUGCAGCCAACUUUAUUAAAUUUUAAAAUAUGCAAAAAUGCAAUUUAUCAUCUUUGUAGAAAGCUUAUAAUAAUGGCUAGCGAAUCUCAAGAAAUUUCAGGUAAUUCCAAUGUAGACUCAAUGUUUUCUGUAGAUUCAGAAAGAAAGCUCAAUCAAGCUGGACCAAUUUUUGUUGAAAGCGAAGAAGUUGAUAAUCUAAGAAAGCUCGAACUCUCCAAGAAGCUCAUACCUGAGAUCAUAAUCACGACUGCCAAACUAUUUUUCAGCAGAAAUACGAACUAUGAGGCCUGCAAAAUAAAGCAGCAAUACAUCAAAGACAGCCUAGAUCUGAUUGCCCACACUGCGACCCAAGCGGAGUAUAAAAUGCAAAAUGAUAUUGAAUUAAGCUUUGACCCGACCUCUGAAAUUGUUGAAGCUAUCAGACCAUUGAAAAGCAGAGAAUUAGUUGAUGAAAUCGAGCAAUACGCACAGGUAGCCCAGGAAACUGCAAAUAAGCUGCAUCUUGCCCCAUCAACCAGCAAGGCAUUUACCAAGAUCAACCAUAUAAAGUUCCCGACAAUGCUUGAUGAGUCAUAUAUGGAGCUUUCAAUGGUCCAAAGCAUAGACAGAAGCGAUCAUGUCAUUAAAAUCGUCAAUAAAUCUUCAUAUGACUGGACUUCGCUUAUUCUUUAUGAAGAACAAACUAAUAAAAGAUACAAGACCAUGUCGCAGCUUCUAGCUAAUUCAGAGAUUAGCCUGACACUAACUUUCCAGUAUGAGUCCCUAGCCAGAUACAAAACUUUGAGAUUCAAGAUCCUUUCUUUUUCAAGACCAGUCAGCAAUACUUGUGUGGUAGGUGUAUUGUCAAUAUCAAAUCUCAAUGAGUAUGAAGAUUACUAUUCUUUUGAAAUCAUGAACCAUCUUCAUGACAUAUUCAAGCCAGAUCUCUGCUUUUGGGUUGAAGAUUACCCUGAAAGAGUUGACACGAAGACUCUCCCCAGGCUCAAACCGUUUAGCUCUCAACAAUAUAAAAGACUUCAAAAAGUUCCUGGACAUCAGCUGUGUGUGGAAUUGAGGCUUGAAGGAAUCAGUUCGUCAAGAGUUUAUAAGUUGGGAGAAACAAGAUUUUCAUCAUAA